AUGUUAUCUUCCUAUACUUCCCCUAGCUUCGCGAUCGCUGAGCCGUUACUUUGUUCCCUGGGGAGGUUGCGCGAGGCCGCGGGCCUUUCUCUCGAAAUCCUCCACCUGUGUUGCGACACUGCUAGCAUCCUACCCGCUAGCAUCCUACCUGGAGGUGGUUCGCGAAUCAGGAAGAACUACUUAUCUGCAGCGAUGGGUAACAAGGUUACGAAGCGGCGGUAUACGGUGGAGGAGCAGUACACGCACCCGCAGGGGCUGUACCCGCACCGCGACAUCGACCUGAAGAAGCUCCGACGGCUCAUUCUCGACGCCAAGCUCGCUCCGUGCCACGUGGGCGGCGACGAACCCAGCAGCGACCUGGAUGAAUGCCCUAUCUGCUUCCUCAACUAUCCAUGUCUAAAUCGAUCGAGAUGCUGCAAGAAGGGCAUGUGCACAGUGCUUUCUGCAGAUGAAGUCCCCAACGGCUUCCAGCAUGUUGCAGUGUCCGUUUUGCAAGGCGCCAACGUUCUCUGUGGAAUUCCGGGGGAAGCGCACAGCAGAGGAGAGAAACGUGGAGCUAGAGGAGGAGGAACAGGGGCGGGAACAGGUGUGCGGCCAAAUCAGCUGCAUUUGCCUGGCGGGGGGGGGUAUUCCCCUGGCGAGAAUGAUGGUGGGGGGAGGUAUGGGGCCGGUGGUGGGGCAGGUGGAGUAGGGGGUGGGGAUGGGGGUGAGGUUUGGGCUGGAGGUGCGGUUAGGGAUACGAUCUAUCGCAACAUGGCACACCAUCGCCUGGAGCUUGAACGAGCCCGCCGCAGAGCUGCUGCUGCUGCUGCUGCCGCUGCUGCUGGUGCUGCUGCUGCUGCUGGUGCUGGUGCUGGUGGUGCUGGCGCUACAGCCGGUGCUACAGCUGCCUCCGUUUCCUCCCCCACUGGCAGCUCCAGCAGCAGCACCCGAGCCUGGUACCCAGGCUCGGUGGAAGGGGCAGGCUUGGCAGUGGGAGCCAGGGCAGGUUCGGGAAGAUAUGGUUCCGGGUCAGGGAGAGGCGUGGGAGCAGUGGGGGGAGGGCCAGGUGCAACUGGUGCUGCAAUGGGUGCUGCCAGCAGCCAUGGGUCCACUGUCUCUCCCAGGCUCUCUCCUUCCAGGGCGGAGCUGGGAGUGGAUUUGGAGGAGCUGCUGCUCAUGGAGGCCAUCUGGCUCUCGCUGCAGUCAGUAAUAUUGGAGGAGCUGUUACUCAUGGAGGUCAACUGGCUCUCGCUGCAGGUGCUUGCCCUCUAUCCUUGCUUGCAAGACGUCUAG